GUCGUGGACAUGUCGCUGCUUAAAAACUACCUCGUGAUCCUCCAGCUGGUCAGCUUCUCCCUCAACAACAUGUGCCUGUUCCUUCCCGUCUACCUCCCGGCUCACGCGGAGAAAACGGGAAUCUCCCAGACGGACGCCGCCAAUCUGAUGACGAUUGCUGGUCUCUGCGACACUUCCGCUCGAAUCGUCUUCGGAUUUUUGGGCGAUCUAAAAUUAGCUCUUCCCAGUCGCGUCAUAGUGUUGGCCAGCCUCUACAUGGGGGUCGUGUGCCAUUUCGUAGCGCUGUUCACCGACUUGGGAUCCCUGGUCUUCCUGGCGGUGUCCAUGGGUCUGCUGGGGCUUUCGUCCGUGAGCUACAAUCCGAAUUUGGCGGUGGAGCUCGUGGGCGUGGAUCACAUGGGGAAGAUGCUGGCGUUGUCACAGCUCGUGUCAACUGUUUGGUUCUCUAUACAGUACCCUAUACAUGGUGAGUGA